UACAGGUGCUGGGAGCAGCUGCUUUUGACAAAGGAGACACUCAGAUGUGGACACAAGAGAUUCAGUGCAGAGGAAAUGAGUCUCAGAUUCGAAUGUGUCCAGCAUCAGAGAAACACAGCUGCUCUCAUGAUGAUCACCAGGCGCUUCAGUGUGCUGAUGUGAUGCAUGUGAGACUGGUAAAUGGUAACAGUCGCUGUGCUGGUAGAGUGGAGGUUCUUCACAGAGGUCAGUGGGGAACAGUGUGUGAUAUUUUCUGGGAUAUGCCUGCUGCUGCAGUGGUGUGUAGAGAGCUGGACUGUGGAGAACCUGUAGAUGCUCUGGGUGAUGCUCAUUUUGGUCCAGGAUCAGGACCAAUCUGGAUGAGUAUUUUAACAUGUUCAGGAACAGAGUCUACACUGAAGAACUGUGGGUCAGCAGGAUGGAAUGCACCUGUCUGCACUCAUAAUUAUGAUGCUGGUGUCAUAUGCUCAGGUGAAUAA